AACGCGCUUCCCUUGACGAUUGAAAUAUUUCAGAGAUUAUUAUUCAUUUGAGACCAUCUCAAUAUGAAGCUCGACGCCAAGGCUCUUCGUUACCUCACCUCUGAGGAUUUCAGAGUGCUUCAAGGAGUGGAAGCUGGAAGUCGUAACCAUGAAGUCGUUCCUACUCCCCUCAUUUCUCAGCUCUCGGGUCUCCGUGGAGGCAGCGGUGUGCAUCGGUCUAUCUCAAACCUGGCCAAGACGAACCUGAUCGCAAAGGUCAAGAACGCGAAGUACGAUGGAUACCGACUCACUUACGGCGGUCUCGACUACUUGGCGCUGAAUGCGCACCAGAAACAAAAAGUCGUCUACUCGGUCGGCAACCAAAUUGGUGUGGGCAAGGAAUCAGAUAUCGUCGUGGUCGCACACAGCAGCGGAUCUCAGCGCAUCCUCAAAAUUCACCGUCUCGGUCGUAUCUCCUUCCGAACCGUCAAGACGAAUCGCGAUUACCUCCGACACCGAAACUCGGGAUCCUGGAUGUACAUGUCGCGGCUGGCAGCCAUGAAGGAGUUUGCUUUUAUGAAGGCGCUCCGAGAGAACGGAUUCAAUGUCCCCGAGCCCAUUGCUCAGAACAGGCAUACUAUUGUCAUGGAAUUGAUCGAUGCUUUCCCACUCCGUCAGAUCUCCAAGGUCCCCCACCCCGAAGCGCUGUACUCAGAGUUGAUGGAUAUUAUUCUGGAAUUUGCACGAUUCGGUCUUAUUCAUGGUGAUUUCAACGAGUUCAAUAUUCUGAUCAAGGAGAUUGCCGACCCCAGUGGCAAGGGAAAGGCUAGCGUGAACGCGGACGAAGAGUCUGACGAGAAUGUCCGGCUGGAACCGGUUAUUAUUGAUUUCCCACAGAUGGUUUCCAUUGAUCAUGUUAAUGCCGAGAUGUACUUUGAUCGGGAUGUCAAUUGUAUCAAGCGGUACUUCCAACGGAAGUUCCAUUUCGUCAGUGACGCGCCCGGUCCGUUCUUUGCUGAUGCCAAGAAAAACUUCAUGAAGAACCCUGGCAAGCGACUGGAUGUGGAAGUUGAGGCAUCUGGAUUCUCGAGAAAGAUGGCCCGCGAACUGGAGACUUAUAUGAAGGAAGUCGGUGCAGAUGGAGAUGCGGGUGCUGCUCGGGAUGAUCUCGAUGAUGAGGAGGAGGAUGAUGACGAGGAGGGCUCUGAAGAGGAGGAGGAAGAUGAUGACGAUGAAGAGCAGGAACAAGCUGGACAAAGCAGCGCCGACGUGGAUGAGAGCUCUAACCGCCUAGAGACAUUGCAAGUCUCUGAGUCAUCCAGGCAAUGAGCGAAAUCUGAAAUUGCGCUUUAAUGACCACGAAUGAUGACUAUAGACUGUAAUAUAAGCUCUUUGUUGUUGCAUACUGCCAUCUGUUAACCUGUUUAGUAAACAUGUCAGCUUCCGUGGACCUUGUUUCUUUCG